AUUUAGAAACAAUUCUCAUCAGUCAGUCUUGUACUUUUAGCUACACACACGGCUACAUACAAAGUCCAGAAAGAAUAACUAGAAUUUUACAAAAUUGUCGUUAACAUCAACCACAUUUUUUUAAAUUUACAAACUUUUGGCUUAAAACUGUUUGGGCAAUGUCGAGUCCAUUCAAAAGUAGUUGCAUUUACUGUAGUGAUGAGGUGUCGGUAUGCUCUUUCCUGGGAUAUCGGUCCAGAAUUCCUGUAGACAAGUCAUUGGCCAGGUCGAGCUCUUGCAGUUCCGAAGAUUCAUGUACUGAAAACGCCUCCUCAAAAAGAGCUUGUCCCAGUCAAAGGUCACGUCAAUCGAAGAAGCCCAAAAGUACUCUUAAAUGUUCUACCUUUAAAAAGCCUACGAAAUGUCAAAAGCAACAACCAAAUCCGGCUAUUAUAAAAGCCUUGCAGCAGAAAAGAAAGCUUAACAAAGAAUUGGAAAGAUGUUCCCCAGAGCCUCUUUUUAAAGCUGUUAUUUUGAGAGAGAUGAUCAGGCUUGGAAGACAACCAAAAUCAACGUUUGGAAAGGCUGCAAAGAGCGCUCGGUCUAGUAGAAAAUGCGGCCCAAAAAGAUCGUGUAAAGCUGAGAAUCUGUCAGAGAAUCCUGCUGAUCUAAUGGAAAUGCUGUUUGGAACUCAGGAAAAUGCAAUUGAAAAUGUCGUGGAAUUUGAAUCAUUCAACUCAUUAAUCUCGAAUGAGGUGCCAAGGACACCUUCCUUCGAGCACGAGGUCCAGGUGCAUAAUCAAGACUAUCCGCAAGAACUGGAAAAGUUAGGUUCGGCAAAAACUGAAUUUGAGUUGUCAUUGAUGGAUUUAGAUGAAACCAAAGAUGUUGAUGAUCAAGUAGACGAAGAGUCGACAGGGACAGCACCACACUAUGCUUUGGAAGAAUCAGAUUCAGCAUCAGACAAUAAUUCCAACGAAAUCAAAUCGACCAUGAGUAGUCAACAUUUCUACAUAAGCAAUGAUAUUAAUCAAUAAUUAAUAUAUAAUAUCAUAUCUAAGCCACUUAUUCAUAAAUUAAAGUUCAUACCAAUAUAAA